AGUUCAACCUGUGCCCAGGGCUGUCCCGUGGUCACUCCAGCUCAGCAUGGCGAGGACACUGAGAGCACCAGUUGCCUUGGUGGUGUUGGGCCUAUGCUGGUCUCUGGCUAUUGCCAGCCCUCUUCCUCCGGCUAGUGGCCAUGGGAACGUUGCUGAAGGUGGGAAUGGAACUAAGCCAGACCCAGACGUGAUCGAGCGCUGCUCGGAUGACUGGAGCUUUGACGCCACCACUCUAGAUGAAAAUGGGACCAUGUUGUUCUUUAAAGGGGGCUUCGUGUGGAAGAGUUACAAAUGGAUCCGGGCAUUGAUCUCAGAGCAGUGGGAGAAUUUUCCCAACUCCGUGGAUGCUGCAUUCCGCCGUGGUCACAGCGAUGUCUACCUGAUCGAGGGGGACAAAGUCUGGAUGUAUUCUUCUGGAAAGAAAGAGAAUGGAUAUCCCAAGUCACUCCAAGAAGAAUUUCCUGGAAUCCCUUCUCCUUUGGAUGCUGCUGUGGAAUGUCACCGUGGAGAAUGCCAAGAUGAAGGUGUCCUCUUCUUCCAAGGUAACCGUGAAUGGUUCUGGGACUUCACUACGGGAGAAAAAAAGGAGCGAGAAUGGCCAGCUGUUGGAAACUGCUCCUCUGCCCUGCGCUGGCUUGGCCGCUACUACUGCUUCCAGGGUAACCAGUUCCUGCGCUUCAACCCAGUCACGGGAGAGGUGCCUCCCAGGUAUCCUCUGGAUGCCCGAGACUACUUCAUGUCCUGCCCUGGCAGAGGCCAUGGCCAUAGAUACAGGAAUAGGACUGCCCAUGGAAAUGGUACCCACCAUGGCCUGGAGUAUUCACGCUGUAGUCCUGAUCUACUCUUGUCUGCACUGACGUCUGACGACCAUGGUGCCACCUAUGCCUUCAGUGGGUCCCACUACUGGCGUUUGGACACCAGCCGGGAUGGGUGGCAUAGCUGGCCCAUUGUUCACCAGUGGCCCCAGGGUCCUUCAAAAGUGGAUGCUGCCUUUUCCUGGGAAAAUAAAUUGUAUCUGGUCCAGGGCACACAAGUAUAUAUCUUCCUAACAAAAGGAGGCUAUACCUUAGUAAGUGGUUAUCCAAAGCGGCUGGAGAAGGAAUUUGGGAGCCCUUAUGGGAUCAGCCUUGAGUCUGUGGAUGCAGCCUUUGUCUGUCCUGGGUCCUCUCGGCUCCACAUCAUGGCAGGUCGGCGGCUAUGGUGGUUGGACUUGAAGUCAGGAGCUCAAGCCACAUGGACAGAACUUUCUUGGCCCCAUGAAAAGGUUGAUGGGGCCCUGUGUUUGGAAAAAUCUCUUGGCCCUAACUCAUGCUCCGCCAAUGGUCCCAGCUUGUACCUCAUCCAUGGCCCCAAUUUGUACUGCUACAGUGAUGUGGAUAAACUGAAUGCAGCCAAGGCCCUUCCCCAGCCCCAAAGAGUGGCUGAUCUCCUGGGUUGUAGUCACUGAGGGGAUCUUCUGAUGUGAGUCUGGACUAACCCCACCUCCCAGUUUCCUCAUAAUAAAGCCAGACUGCAUCUUCA